CUCUCUUUCAGAAUAAUAACAUACCAAGUUUCUUAUUUUAUAAUCUAAUUUGCAGAAAAAGUUGGAAAAAAAAAUGGAGAGGGAGAGUGGUGUUGUAGUAAAGGGUUCAAAAUUCAAGAGGAUUUGUGUGUUUUGUGGAAGUAGUCAAGGCAAGAAGAGUAGCUAUCAAGAUGCUGCUAUUGAGCUUGGCAAAGAAUUGGUGUCAAGGAAUAUUGAUUUGGUCUAUGGAGGAGGUAGCAUAGGCCUUAUGGGUUUGGUUUCACAAGCUGUUCAUGAUGGUGGGCGCCAUGUUAUUGGGGUCAUUCCCAAGACACUCAUGCCUCGAGAGCUAACUGGUGAAACAGUAGGAGAAGUGAAGGCUGUUGCAGGUAUGCAUCAAAGAAAAGCAGAGAUGGCUAGGCAUUCUGAUGCUUUUAUUGCCUUGCCAGGUGGUUAUGGAACUCUUGAGGAGCUGCUUGAAGUGAUAACCUGGGCGCAACUAGGCAUCCAUGAUAAGCCGGUAGGAUUGUUGAAUGUGGAUGGAUACUACAAUUCAUUAUUGUCAUUUAUCGACAAAGCUGUUGAGGAAGGUUUCAUCAGCCCAAAUGCACGCCACAUCAUUAUAUCAGCACCAUCGCCAAAGGAGCUAGUGAAGAAACUGGAGGAAUAUGUUCCUUGCCAUGAAGGCGUUGCUUCUAAGUUGAUCUGGGAGACGGAACAAAUUGGUUACCCUCAAGCACAUGAAAUUUCAAGAUGAAAGCUGGAUUCGCAGCAUACUAUUACGCGUUAGGACAUGAUAAUAUCGUAUUAUUACUGGAACAAGCUAACCUGAAAUUCUAAAUUUUUGUUAUGGGAAAUUAAGGGUGCUCUUUUUUUUGUUUUUCACCACCCUGUAAAUUUCUCUAGAAAUGACAAACAUAUCUCAACUCCCCCUUUUGUUCCCUUCAAGUAGAAAUUUCCUUAUUUACUGUAAGAUGUAACUAUUUAAGAUAUGCAUAUGGUAUUCUUCUCUAAUGUUUUACUAAGUCUGCAGUGUAGUUCUGUAUUUCUUGUCCUUUUGUAUUACCUCCUUUGUUUCAAUUUGUUAGUCUGGUUUUGACUUGACACGGUGUUUAAGAAAAUAAAAAAGACCUUUGAAUCUUGUGGUGUU